CAACUGUAGACUCCUCUAUUGGCCCAUCUCGAUCUCUCCCUGUCUGCUUUCUUGCUUACAAAGCUUUCAGUGGGGCGGAAAUUCGAUCAAUCUACCAGACGUACAGAGCAGAAGAAGAGAAGAUCAGUUGCGAAGAGAAAGCAAUAAAGGUCAAUGGAUGCAUCGAAGACUAUCCCGCACGAAAUCGGUGGAGUGAAAAGCGACGCACUCCGAUUUGGACUUCAUGGAGUUAAGAGCGACCUUGUCGGGUCCCAUCCUCUCGAAUCCGCAUAUGAAGAGAGUAAGGCGAGCCAGGAGAAGAUGAAGAGGACGGUCCUUGCCAACACUUACGGCUUCGCUUUGCCCACGAGGAUGGAUUUGGAGCGCAGGAUCCUCUCCAGGUUUCAGAGGCCUGUUGGAGCAAUACCCUCUUCCAUGUUGGGUUUAGAAGCCAUGACAGGAACUCUGGAAGACUUCGGUUUUGAGGACUACCUGAAUGAUCCAAAGGAAUCUGAGAGUGUUCGUCCAUCUAACCUGCAUCAUGGCAUGGAAGUGAGGCUCGGGUUAUCUAAAGGACCGGUGUGCCCUGAUUUCAUCUGAAUCAUUUGCCUGUGGUUAAUCAUCUUUUAAUUAUUCUGAUAGUGUACUUUAGUUACUGUUCUGCUUUUGGCUUAUGUUUGAUUUUCAUCUUUCUUAAAUCAAAAGUUAGUGUUGUAAACAUUUUAUAUCCUGAACAAUUUACAUUUUAAUAUGCCUGGUCCUUUGGUUGAUUUGAAUGGGUCUCACUAGGGGUUGUGUUGGGAAAGGUUCUUUUUGUCUUUAUUUUAUGGUGAAAACUGAAAAGGUCAAAUGAGCAAUGACGUAUACAAAAAUAUUCAUCC